AUGAAACAUCUGCCUCCCCAGUUCCCUUCCGUCCUGGUCAUCUACUGCUUCUGUAUGCUGAAGAUUCCCUCCUCAGGAGUUUCUCAACCUUUAGCUGAUUCUCCAGAUGGCUUGGAUAUUGUGGAGCUUGAGCAACUGGUAUACUUCCUGAACCAGUGGGAGACACUUUAUAACCAACCUAAGGAAGACCAGGAUGUGUUCAAAAGAUUUUUAUUUCACUACUCCAGAACUCAGAAGCCAAAGCAUCCCAUUAACUCUGAGUUUGUGCCCGUGCACCCCUUGAUGCGCCUGGCUGCCAAGCUCUCCAGCAGAAGGAUGAAAAGAUUGCCGCAUCCAGAUUCCAGGACUACUACUGUGGACUUUCCUAAGAAGGGUCCAAUUUCCACCUGGGGGCAGCCAUUUUUCCUUUUCAGGCACAUAGAAGCCCAUCCCACCUCCCCACCAUCCAAUCUCGCAGAAGCAGACUCUUCCAGCAGUGUUACAGCUGCUUUCAAAAUAGGUUUUGAGAAUGUCAUCAAAUAUCUUGCAACAAAUACCAUAAGGACUACUUGCAAGGAAGACAAUGUAGGUGCUUGUGACAUGCCACAUCACUGUACAGCUGUAGAAUAUGUCCAUCAUAACUUGUAUCUGGCCUUCAUCUUGAUCCUGAAGGUGGCUGCAUUUAUACUGAACACAUCUUUUGUUUUGCAGGAGUCCAAUGGAACAGGAGAGUUUGGAUCUUUGGAGGAAAUGCCGAGUUACUUCCUGUGUAUAUUGAACAAUAUUUCUGUUGUUCUAUUGUCUCCAGAAUACUUAGUUGUAUAA